AUGACUAAAUUGGCCCCAAGUGAUGACACAGCUCUGCAAAUGCUACACGCCACAGUCCCUGGCUCCUCUUCCAACCCCGUGACCCCCGCGUUCGGCCCUAGCCUGCGUCCUACGCCAGCGGUCCAGGAAAUAGGCAUCGAGAGGGAGAGGUCCAGCACAGCACAGGACGGCGAUGGUGGACGCCCCCCGACCCUGUCCCCCUCAGGAAUAGAAUGGGAUGCAGGGAAUGGGAAAGGCAGUUUCCUUCAGCUGCUGCUGGACGGAAGCUGCAGGGGUCCGGGACCCUCUGAGCUGGGGUGGCCGCCCUCCGGCCUGACCUUUUCUGUGCAGGGGGAAGCCUCCUCCUCCUCCUCCUCCUCCUCCUCGUCCCCACGACAUCGGCUCACCGUGAGGGUCAUCGAGGCCCGAAACCUGCUGGAAGGAGACCUGUGGAGCAAGGCUGACCCGUACGUGGUCCUGCGGCUGCCUCUGGCUUCCGGCACCAAGCUCCGCACCCAGACCGUCACCAACUCCAGUCACCCUGUCUGGAACGAGGCCUUCCACUUCCAGAUCCAGAGCCUGGUCAAGAACAUCCUGGAGCUGCAGAUCUACGACGCCGACUCCGUCUCGAGCGACGACGCCCUCUUCACUGUCCUUUUCGACGUGACCGAAGUCCAGGCCGGUCAGCUCCUCCGAAAGACCUUCUCUCUGAAUCCUCCGGGGGCGGCGGAGCUGGAGGUGGAAAUGCUGGUGGAGGAGACGACGGAGCCCCCCGAAAACCUCCUCACCAACGGCGUCCUCGUGGCCCGCGAGUUGACCUGCCUGGACGUGCGGCUGGACAGGGAGAGCAGCACGGCGGCUCUAUCAGGGGAGGACCGCCUGGAGCUGACGCUGGAGGGAUCUUACGAAGGAUGCCAGGACGUUGCCCUGGGCCCGGCCCCUGCCGGUCCCCUCCACUUCCACUACGUGAUGUCGCAGGAGACGGAGCUGAGUGGGCAAUUGAGGAGCAGCAGCAGUGGCAGCGGAGGGGGUGAAGAAGACCCAGCCAACAUCCUGACUGUCCCCCUUGGGUCCCUUUGUCACGGGGCGGAGGUGACAGCCUCCGUUCCUGCCCCAAACGACACAGCGCUGAGGCUGCAGCUCAAGGCCGAUGACUGCCCCGGGGAGCUCUCCGUGCGCCUGGGCUUCGAGCUGUGCACAGGGGAGCGGGCCUUCCUCAGUCGGAGGAAGCACGUGGUGGCCGAGGCCCUGAAGCGACUCCUGCAGCUGGAGGAGGAUCUGCCCCAGGACCAGGUCCCGGUGGUCGGGGUCAUGGCCGUCGGCGGGGGGCCUCGGGCCAUGACCUCCCUGUACGGCCACCUCUCGGCCCUCCAACACCUGGACCUGCUGGAUUGUGUCACCUACAUCAGCGGCACCUCAGGGUCCACCUGGACCAUGGCCAGCCUGUACGGGGACGCGGACUGGUCGCGGAAGGGCCUGGAGAAGCCCAUCGGCCACGCCCGCCGCCAUAUGACCAAGAGCAAGCUGGCCACCUUCUCGCCCUCACGCCUGAGCGGUUUCCAGAGGGAGAUGGGCCGGCGGGCCGGGCAGGGCCACCCCCCGUCCUGCGUCGACCUGUGGGGCCUGGUGCUGGAGUUCUUGCUGCAUGGCCAGGUGACCGAACAGAAGCUGUCGGAACAGCGGCAGGCGCUGGAUCGGGGCCAGAACCCGCUCCCCCUCUACCUGGGCCUCAACGUCAAAGAGGACAACCUGGGGACCCUUGACUUCAAGGAAUGGGUGGAGUUCUCCCCCUACGAGGUGGGCAUCCUCAAGUACGGCGCCUUCGUACCCCCCGAGCUCUUCGGCUCCGAGUUCUUCAUGGGGCGGCUGAUGAAGCGGCUGCCCGAGUCCCGGAUCUGCUUCCUGGAGGGCCUCUGGAGCAAUGUUUUCUCCGUGAACCUGCUGGACGCCUGGUAUGACCUGACCUGCUCAGACGAGGCCUGGAAGGAGCACAUCCGCAACAAGACUGGAAACAUCGAGAAGGAGCCGCCCGGUUCCCAUCACCCAGAGGGGUCCUGGUUGCGUCCGGGAGAGUCGCUGGCCCAGGCCUUCCAGGGCUUCCUGACCGGGCGGCCGCUCAACCAUCGCAGCCACAACUUCCUACGGGGCCUCCAGCUGCACCGUGGCUACUGUGGCCACCCGGACUUCCGUACUUGGAAAGACUGCCAGCUGGACUCCGUGCCCACCCAGCUGACCCCGCAGCAGCCGCAGCUCUGCCUGGUGGACGCCGCCUAUUUCAUCAACACUAGCUGCCCGCUGCUGCUGCGGCCCGGCCGAGGCCUGGAUCUCAUCCUCUCCUUCGGAUAUGCCCUCAACUCGCCCUUCGAGGCACUGGAGCAGACGGAGCGCUACUGCCGCGAACAGGGGAUCCCUUUCCCCGCCAUCAAGCUGACCCCCGAGGAGCGGCUCUGGCCCAGGGAAUGCCACGUCUUCUCAGACCCCGCCUGCCCGGAUGCCCCCAUCGUGCUGCACUUCCCCCUGGUCAACGACUCCUUCCGCCAGCACUCGGCCCCCGGAGUCCGGCGUAGCCCAGAGGAGCUGGAGGGCGGCCAGGUGGACCUGGAGGCCUUCCUGUCCCCGUACUCGCUGCUGAACAUGACCUACAGCGAGGAAGACUUCGAUCGGUUGCUGCGUCUCAGCGAAUACAAUGUGUGCAACAGCCGCUCCAUCAUCCUGCAGGCCCUGCGGUCAGCCCUGGGCCGCCGCCGCCGUCCCUAA